UGAUUGUUGAACUGUUAGACACAAGCAGAGAGUUUUAUGACAGCAGACAGUCAGUCAGUGCAAUGGCUGCAUGUUCUCACUUCAUUUGGAUUCCCCUGCUUCUGUCCUGUAUCUUUCCAGCUUCUGACAACAGACAUGUCAGUCUGCAGGGGUCCACUUUAAUCAGCCGUACAGGACAUUCAGAGGUGGACGACAUCCUCUCAAAGAUCCCAAUAACACUACCAGAAGGAAUUGAUCCAAAGAAUGUAAAUAUAACGUCAAUCUCUAUCAAAACCUGUACUGAUGCAAAGGGACAGCUGAUUUUGCUAAGCAGGCAACUUCAGGAGGCAACGCUCCACAACAGCCAACUAGAUGUGGAAGCCUUUGGGUUGAGGAGGGAAAUCAGACUGCUGAAACUGCAGCUUGCUACAUGCAGCUCGACAGCCUCAGCUAUCACUAGCUCUUAUCAAACCCAGCUGCAGAGUAGAAUGAAACAGCUGCUGGAUACGUUUGAUAGUGAUACAUUUCAGAUUCUGAAAAUCAUUUCACUCACCAGGGAGGUGGAAAUGUUACAGAAAAAGCUCAAAAUUGCUGCUAAUUCUUCUGAAACUACCCUUGAAACCCGAGUGCUAAAGAGUGAGCUGCAAAAGAAAAUGAUUGAACUGAAUGAUAAGAAGCAGCAAAUUGAAGAAAGCCACACAAACUCAACACUAAUUCUUCAGAUCAUCUCACUGCAAAAUCAGAUUUGGGAUUUAGAACAGGAGGAAUCAAGAAGAGGAGAAACUAGUACUCAGCUCAGGAAGAGAAUUUUGGCUUUACAAGAACAGCUGAACAGGAAGAUCAGUGAGCUCCGAGGCAAAGGAGAUGCCACCUCAGCUAUGUUGCAACUGAUUUCUGUGCACAGUAAGAUUGCAGCGUUACAGAGGCUCAUCAGUGUCCACAUUGACAAAUCCAGAGAUAGCGCCACUGAUUACCAGAGGCAAUUUAAGCAAAAGACUGAGCUCCUCAAAAAGAAGAUUUUACAACUGAAUCGUGACGAAAGUAACACAGAACUUACCAAGGAAAUUCUGACUCUGCAGGCUGAAGUGGAGAAUCUUAGACAGUUAAUGUUAAACGCCAAAAAGACACGUGAUUCCCAGAUUGGAGAGCUGAGAGUUGCUUUGGAGGAGGAGAAGAAACAGCAAGAAAACUUACAGAAACAGCUUGAGGAAAUAGACUAUUCCCAGUCACAACUGAUCAUAAAGAUCAUCGACAUAAUGAAAGAGGUGAGAGAGCUGGAGGAUGAUGAGCAACAGCAAACAACAUCAACAAGCCAAGCCACCACUCUUCAGGCUCUGCUACAAGCCAAAGAGAGGGAAUUUGCCAAAGCUCAGGCUGACAUAAAAGAGCUGCAGAGGAAACUGCAGUUAAAGAGUGAAGAAUGCUCUGGACUGGAGGAAAGAUAUGCAUACGUAAAGAAUGAAUUAGAACAGAAGAUUGCAGAACUCAACAGAACUGGAGACUCCAAAGCAGCACUCGUUCUGAACGUGAUAAACCUGCAUGAUGAGCUGCAGACUCUGAGGGAUCUGAUCUCAGCGACAAAAGACCCAGACAGCAUCUCAGAGCUGAGAAGGCAGCUAAAGGAGAAGGAAGCAGAACUGAACUCUAAGACUGCAGACAUAGAGAGACUGAUCCCCAACCCCAAAAUAAUUUUAACAAUCAUUGAGCUGCAGGAUGAAAUAUGGGACCUUCAGAAAAAGGCUAUCAACGGGACCACAAGUAACCGUGUGAAAGAACUCCAAGACAGAGUGGAUGGUCUUAUCAGUGAAAUAGAUGACCCAAACACAAAUCUGAUGCUGAAAAUUUUGGCACUACAGAGUCAGGUGGAGCAGCUGCAGAGACAGUUGUCAGGCGUCCAAGUGUUGCAAGGCGCUCACGUAGCUCAGCUCAGAAAUGAUCUGGCAGCUAAAAGGAGAGAACUGCAGGAAUAUGUCAAUGAGGUCAAUGAGAAGAAUCAGAUAAAUGCUAGGCUGAUUUUGACAGUCACUGAUCUGCACAACCAACUCAGAAACCUCGAAAAAGAAUGGCGCAAUGAUAACACAACAUUUUCCUUAACUAUCACAGAGCUGAGGGAACAACUGAGGGCAAAAAAGGUGGAAAACUCUCGUGAUAAAGCUGAGAUCCAGACCCUUAGGAAUCUGCUUCAAGCCAAAGAAAGGGAACAGGCCAUCGCUCAGGCUCAGGCCCUUGAGCUGCAGAGGAAACUGCAACUAAAGAGUGAAGAAUGCUCUGGACUGGAGGAAAGAUACGCAUACGUAAAGAAUGAAUUAGACCAGAAGAUUGUAGAACUCAACAGAACUGGAGACGCCAAAGCAGCACUCGUUCUGAACGUGAUAAACCUGCACAAUGAGCUGCAGACUCUAAAGGAUCUGAUUGUGACCACAGAAGACCCAGAAAGGGUCUUAGAGCUGCAGAGGCAGCUGCGGGAGAAGCAACAAGAACUGAGCUCCAAGACUGCAGACAUACAGAGAAUGAUCCCCAGCCCCAAAAUGAUUUUAACAAUCAUUGAGCUGCAGAGUGAAAUCUGGGACCUUCAGAAAAAGGCUGCCAACGAGACCACAAAUAACCGUAUAAAAGAGUUGCAAACCAGAGUGGAUGGCCUCAUCACUGAAAUAAACGACAAAGGCAACGACAACACAAAACUGAUACUGAAAAUCAUGACACUGCAGAGUCAGGUGGAGCAGCUGCAGAGACAGCUGUCAGACCUCCAGGUGAUGAAAUACACUCAGUUAACCCAGCUCAAAAACGAUCUAAACACCAAGAAGAAUGAGCUACAGAAAUAUGUCAAUGAGCUGAAUGAGAAGAAUGAGGCGAAUGCCAGAUUGAUUCUGACAAUCACUGAUCUGAACAACCAGCUCAGAAACCUACAGGAAGAAAAGCAAAAUGACGGCCAGACAGCUUCUGCUACAAUCACAAAUCUGAGAGAACAACUGACCGUAAAAGUGGAGGAACACCUUCGUGAUCAGGAUCAGAUCAAAGCUCUGGAGGAUAAACUGAACCAGACAGAGGCACAGUGCUCCGAUCGGGAGCAGAAAAUUAAAGAUCUGCAGAAUGAUCUGGAUGAGAAAAUGAAGGAGCUGGAGACCCAAUCUGAUGGUGUCACUUCACUUGCUCUUCAAGUUUCUACAUUAACCCUUCAGCUGGAGGAGUUAAAGAGACAGCUACAAAAUACUGAUUCCAAAGCCAAGAUAAAAGAGCUUCAAAAACAAAUAGAAGAAAAGAAUAACGAGUUGGCCAAAAAAACAGAGGAGCUGAAAGCAACAAGCACCCAACCACAAAGACUUCUACAGAUUAUCUCAAUACAAACAGAGAUAGAGAAAUAUGUGAAUGUGGCAGCAAACGACUCAGAUUAUGCCAAGAUUAGAGCACUCCAAGACCACUUGAAUUAUCUGAUUGAUGGAAUUAAAGAUGAAGACAACGAAAAUACCAAACUGGUGUUUAAGGUCUUGUCUUAUCAAGAUGAAAUAGCAAAGCUGAAGAAGCAAGAAGAGAGUCAGACCAAAACUCUGUUAGAGAAAAUUAAAGAACUGGAGAACGAACUGGAAGACAUCAGAAAUCAGAUAACAGAGAAGACGCUGGAACUGGACUCAAGUGAUACAAGGAUUACUAAUCUGUCCGCUCAAAUUAUGGAGCUUCACCAGAAAAUCAAACCACUGGAAGAUGAAAUAUCAUACCUUAAAGAAACAAAUACUGACAAUCUUUCAGAGCUUCAGAACAGACUGAGUCUGACAGAGAAGCAGCUGCAAGACAGUGAACUUCGACUCAAGGAUUCAGAUGCAAAGAAUUUUAACUUGAUAAUGGAGAUUGCUGAUCUGAGGACACAGCUGAAAAAGGCUCAGAGACAGACAUCCAAAGCUGCUGAAAAAAAUAUCAAUGAAUUGGAGCAACAACUUCAAACACAACAAAGAGAGAACAGAAAACUUGAACAUGCAAAUAGGGACUUAAAGCAAGAGGUCAAAGAACUGAAAACAUGCUGCAGUGAAGACAGCAUCCAUUGUGAAGGCUUACAGAGACAACUGCAACAAAGCCAGGAGGAUGCGGACCGCCUGCAGCAGCAGCUGCAAGACAGGGAUACCUACAUCGAACAGCUGCAGCAGGAGCUGAAAAACCAGACCGACUUAGAGAGACAACUGCAAGAGACCCAGGACAAUGCUGAUAACCUACAGCAGCAGCUGGAUAAGAAGGAUGACAUCUUCACUGAUCUGCAGCAGGAGUUAGAAGCACUGGCCGCGGAGAAAAACAAACUGCUGGACGACUACAACGACCUUCUAAAUGAGAGGAACAAACUUGAGGAUACUGUACAAGAUCUUCAAAACAAAUUACAGGAUGUGGAUGAAAAGACGAUCUAUACCAGUAAGACGACUUUGGAUCCAAACACAGCACAUCCAAGGAUCGUUCUGUCUGCAGAUAAUACUGAGAUGUCCACUAGUGAAGAACUACAAAAUGUCAGUGACAACCCAGGCCGGUUUGACGUGGUUCUUGCUGUCCUGGGCAAGACUGGCUUCUCAGCUGGCAGACAUUACUGGGAGGUGUCUGUAGCUGGGAAGCUUUGUUACCACCUUGGGAUGGCCAGUGAAUCUGCUCCAAGAAAGGGAACAGUUACAUUCAAUCCAAGAAAUGGCUUCUGGACUAUAGUCCUGAACAAACAAGGCCAGUACAGAGCUAUUGAUAGGAUACCUGCUUCUAUUCCAGUUGAGACGCAGCCUCUUACAUUGGGUAUUCUGCUGGACUACAAAAAGGGACAGAUCUCUUUUUACGACGCUGGUGCCAGAUCUCAUUUGUACUCGUUUACAAGUCAAAAGUUUACAGACAAAAUCUAUCCAUUUAUCAAUUUUUGUGUUGAGGAUGUCGAAAAUCAGACUCCAAUCGUAAUACUUACUGCUGGAUCAACUGACUGGAUAAAAUAAGGACCUGUUCAAGUUAGGUUUUGUCUUAUGUCAAACCUUAGCAAUGUAGCUCAUUUAUUAUCUCAGUAGGUUGUAAAAUAAUUCCCGUGAAUGCAGAAUAGUUCAUUACAUAUACUUCUGUUGAAUGUUUCAGACAAGAAAAACACAGCAAAUACAAAACAAUGCAUUCUGUUUAAUCUUUUAUGUAUAAAAAAGGAUGGAUCCAUUUGUCUGUAUCGUUCCAGGCGAUUUAAUCAAUGAGCCCAGAACAGAAAAAACAAGAACCAAAACAAAACCUGUUCAUUUCAAGUCGCCGCUUCACUCAUUAAACAAAAAAAGUACUGCACUGAGUAUAAAAAGUGUUAUAACGUGAUGCAGCCCUGGAGAACUGAGUGUAGGAAACGGAAUAAAAACAGCUUGAACUGAA